AUGGGCCAAAAUCAAUCUGGUGGAGGCAGUGGUGGUGACAAGAAAGAUGACAAAGAUAAAAAGAAGAAAUACGAGCCUCCAAUUCCUACUAGGGUUGGCAAGAAAAAGCGUAAGGCAAAGGGUCCUGAUGCUGCCCUAAAGCUUCCACAAGUGACGCCUCAUACAAGAUGUAGAUUGAAGUUGUUGAAACUAGAAAGAAUCAAGGAUUACCUACUUAUGGAAGAAGAAUUCAUACGCAACCAGGAAAGACUGAAACCCCAGGAAGAGAAAAUUGAAGAAGAAAGAUCAAAGGUUGAUGACCUCAGAGGGACACCAAUGUCAGUGGGCACUCUUGAAGAGAUCAUUGACGAUAAUCAUGCCAUAGUGUCAACAUCAGUAGGUAGUGAGCAUUAUGUUAGCAUUUUGUCCUUUGUUGACAAGGAUCAAUUGGAGCCUGGCUGCUCAGUAUUGUUAAACCAUAAGGUUCAUGCAGUUGUUGGAGUACUGGGUGAUGAUACAGACCCAAUGGUAUCUGUCAUGAAGUUGGAAAAGGCUCCACAAGAAACCUAUGCUGAUAUAGGUGGCUUGGAUACUCAGAUACAGGAAAUAAAGGAAUCUGUUGAACUGCCACUUACUCAUCCUGAAUACUAUGAAGAGAUGGGGAUCAAACCUCCAAAGGGUGUAAUCUUAUAUGGCCCACCUGGUACAGGUAAAACUUUGCUGGCCAAAGCCGUUGCCAAUCAAACUUCAGCGACAUUCCUUAGAGUUGUUGGAUCUGAAUUGAUUCAGAAAUAUUUGGGUGAUGGACCAAAACUUGUUCGGGAAUUGUUCCGAGUGGCAGAAGAACAUGCUCCUUCAAUUGUAUUUAUUGAUGAAAUUGAUGCUGUAGGCACUAAGCGUUAUGAUUCUAAUUCUGGUGGUGAAAGAGAAAUUCAAAGAACUAUGUUGGAGUUACUUAAUCAGCUAGAUGGGUUUGACUCCCGAGGAGAUGUCAAAGUGAUCAUGGCCACAAAUAGAAUAGAGACACUCGAUCCAGCCCUCAUUCGUCCAGGUCGUAUUGAUAGAAAAAUUGAAUUCCCAUUGCCUGAUGAAAAGACCAAACGGAGGAUCUUCACCAUCCACACAUCAAGGAUGACCCUGGCUGCUGAUGUGAAUUUAUCUGAACUUAUUAUGUCUAAGGAUGACUUAUCUGGUGCUGAUAUUAAGGCAAUUUGCACAGAAGCAGGUCUCAUGGCUUUAAGAGAGCGAAGAAUGAAGGUCACCAAUGAAGACUUUAAAAAGUCCAAAGAGAGUGUUCUAUAUAGGAAGAAAGAAGGCACUCCUGAAGGGCUUUAUCUU